UAACUCACGCAGUUGAUUGCUGGAGUACGAUCUCUUUUAAAAACAACGCCACUAUUCCACGAAAAACAGCUCCUCGUGUCUUUACUAAAGUAAUAUUUUCUUAAAAAACAUGAACAGGUCAGAUUCGGGUUCAAGGUUGAUCGAUGUCAAUCGAAAUGAUGCUUUUCGCUCGUUUUCCCCGACUGCAAAUAACAGACUUAUAGGCCAGCUUCAAGAUCAACUCAACACUUUAAAGAGACAGCUGGAGGAAAAAGAAGAACUAAUCCUGACUCUGACAACAGACAGAUAUGCAAGUAGACCUGAUUCCCAGAAGGCAGGAUCGGACCCCCUAAUGGACAUGUCCGUCACAAGGGAGCACCUGAACCAAUACCGCCUGACCGCUGAGGCUGCUCGCAGUGACCUCGCAGCCUUGCAGAUCAAACACGAGGGCACUCAGACUGAGCUUUUAGACAUCAAAUCUCGACUGGCGUCCAGAGAAGCGGCACUUCAGGAGCUGAAGGGAGAGCUGGAUUUGUAUAAGGAGAACAAUGCCAGACAGGCCUCUCUGAUCAGCAGUCUGAGAGAGCAGGUUCAGGCCACGGAACAGGAGUCGGGGGUGAUGGCUUCGUCCAAAACACGUCUGGAGAUUACUUUCCAGGCACUGAUCAAGGAAAACAAUGAGCUGAAGCAGAAAGUCCAGGACCUGGAAGACAAGUUACAAAUGUACAUAAGUGAAUGGGAUGAAUCAAAGCAUCACGCCUCCUCCAGUGAGAGGAAACUCCAGGACUUCCUCUCCAGGCUGGCCAGCAGAAUGAACAUUGACUGGUCAGGGAAGGAGGACCCACAGGAUGUCAUGGUUUCCUUGGUUGAUGAGCUGUAUAAGGACAAUGACAGGCAGAGGUGCCAGAUUGCAAGCCUCAAGGAGUGUGUGAGCGCCCAUGAAGUGGAGUCCAAGGCCAGCCGAGAAACAGUGAUGAGGCUGGUGUCAGAGGUCAGCCGAGAGCAGAGAGCUGCUGUCUCCUGCAGAAGGGACCUGGACACACUCCGACCGGAGCUAGACAGUACUAUCCAAGCGAAGACGAGUCUGGAGAGAGAAAAUCAGCUCCUUCAGGAAAGGCUGGAGGCUACCAGAAGUGCCUGGGAGGCUUCGAAGCAGGAGCUGAGCAGCUUGAAGAAGCACUCUCAGGAACUGAACGGCAACCUCCGCAACAGCCUGAGCGAAACCAAGUCUGCGCAGGGCCUGCUUCAGGCCUUCAGGGAGGACCUGGCCACUCUGCUGAGCGGCCGCAGUGGGACUGUGCACCCCACGGAGGAGGCCAUCCGAGAGAGGAUCCGGGAGAUCUGCAGCAUCGAAGAGAACAAGAAAGAGGCACUGGUGGAGAUGGAAGCAAAGGCGUCGCGGGUGACGGAGCAGUUGGCGAGGCAGACGGAGCUCCACGAGGCUGCUCUGCAGAGGGCCAGGCAGGCUGAGCAGCAGCUGGGAGAGCUGAGGGACAGGCUGAAGGGGCUAGAGGGAGAGCUUGUGUCUGGAGACGUAGUUCGUGAUGGAUUGAGCCAACAAAAACAAACUUACUUGCGAUUCCUGGAGGAGCUCUCCGAGAAGAUGAAACUGGACAGAGUAGCCACAGACCUGGGCUUCGACAUGAGAGUGGAGGCCAUCUUGUCCCGGGCAGAGCAGCUUGUCAAACUGGAAGCAACAGCUGUACUGGAAAAUAAGACUUUGGUCCAUAAUUUACAGAGGAAGCUAAAGAGCCAGAAGGAGCGGCUGGAAAGCAGGGAGCUGCACAUGGAGCUGCUGCGGAAGAAGGUCGCCCAACUGGAGGAGGAGAAGAGGAGCCGCACGGCGGUGGCGGUGGAGCGAGACGAGGCCAAUCUCACGGUCCGGAAACUACAGAAGAAGGUCGAGCGGCUGCAGAAGGAGCUGGACUACACCCGCCUCUCUAACACCGAGCUCAAAGCACAGCUGUCUUAUACCAAUGAGCUCAAGAUUAAGACCAUGGAGCAGAAUCAAACAAUUGAAGAGCUGAACAAAAGCCUGGAUAAGCUGGAGAAGGUGAAACUGCGGGCAGAGAAGAGGCUGACCACAAUGAAAUCUGAGUUAGACGUCACUGAACAUAUCACCAAAGAAGAGAAACAGAGAGCCCAGAGCCUGUUAGAGAGCCUCACCAGUGAGCUGAAGACUCUCAAACACACUCUGGAGGAUCUUGCCAAGAGGGAGAGACAGCUGCUGGAUUUCCGUGAAGUGGUGUCCCAGAUGGUUGGCUUAAAUGUCAACACCCUGGCGCUCCCUGACUACGAGAUCAUAAAGAGGCUGGAGGGGCUGAUCCAUGGGCACCCCUGGCCCUCCCUGUGCCACCAUCACUCCCAGGAGCAAUUCAGCCAGGACUUCACAGCUGGGUAUAACCAUGCCCGGCGAAUGCUGUCGGCCAGCCCCAAGGCCCUUACUGCACCUUCUCAAGCAGAGCGAUCUACCAGAAGACCACAGUGAAAUUCUUCUCCCACACACCUCCUUUGGAUAACCCAGCUUUUUUAACACGUAGUAGCAGUACAGUAUAAUAUAGUCAGAGUUGCAGUUUCCAUCAGCAGGCCAGAGCUCAGAACAGAUUGGGUUUCAAUCUACAAGAAAUUCCACGAGCAACAUGGCAUUUUCAAUUAGCAAAGUUUUGAUUCAUAACUGGAAUAAAAAAGGAAAUUUUAAUUAUUUCCUUCCAAUCCACUGUCGUCAACAGCAUGUUCUUGUGAAUGGCCUGUUGUGUUUUCUUGCUAUCGGAAAUACAGGAUAGUUAUGAAUACUUGCAGUCACCUCUAUGAACAAUAUCUUUGCAACCAUGUAAUGCAGCAAAUAACACUACAGUAUAUACAUAUGGGUUCAAGUAAAUGUAAAGUAAUAGCAUUUACUAUGUGUUGCUUCAUUACUGUUUGGUACUGUACACAUCGUAUCGUGAUUGAAAAAUGACAUACCUUUGCCGAACAUCAGGAUAAUCAUGUUUUUGGCUGGUAGCUGUGGCAUGUUGAAUCUGUAAACAUGGGCAAAGAUGUUCAAUAGGUGUGAUACAGCUUAUUUUCUAUAUGUCUGGAUAUGCUAUAUUUUCACAUUUGUAAGAAGGGGCAAAAUGGAGCCUUAUUUUUUUUUUUCUAAGCAAUUUACCAGAUCUGGUACUCAGGUCCUACACAAGUACAAGUAUGACAAUUAACUGCAUCCCUUAUAAUGCACAGUAUGCCAGUAUUUCUUUGUCCUGCCAUUCAUAUGUCUUUGAUGCUACUGUAUAUGUGUAGUUUGUGAUUUUAGUGUCAAUUUAAUACUCACAGAAACAUUAGACCAUUAAUUCUGCUCAGGUGACUGCAAGACUUUAUAACCAUUUCAUACUAAUAACAGCACAGACUGGCAAAUCAGGUUCUAGCUAUCUAUUAUUAAUUAGCUGCAUAAUUCUUCUACUUCUAAACAGGCUCGGGUGAUUAGGAGGCAACUGGACUUUUAGGAUAUGGAUUUCUUGUUUAAUCAACAUUUAUGAAAAAUCCUAUAUAUAUAUCUAUUUUAGAAAAUAUUUAGGUUAGUUGUUUAAUUGUCUACUAAGGUUGAAACAAAAUCAAGAAUACACCGGGCCCUCCUGGAGUUUGAAAUGCCUUCUCUAAGGCUAACUAUGAUCUUAACUAACACAGAACUGUUUUCUCAUUCCUCAGUGACUAUUUCCAAGAUAUUUAUAUGUUCAUUUUUGGGGCACAGAACUACCAAUGCAAAAGGAGUUUUUGGAGUCCUUUCUUUUGAUCUGGGAUUGUUAUUACUUUACCAUGUGUGAAUUUUGCAUCACAAUUGCUAAUCCAAUUGUUUGGCCAAAUUCAUGACUAGAACUACAGUAUAGUGUUUGUGUGUGAUCUGCCUUUGAAAGGAACCUCCUGGUAAAAUAUUUCCUUCACAGUGAGUAAUGUGUGACUGAAUUGAAAUAAUCAAGUGAUCUCAUUACCAGACACUAUAAUGCUACUUCCAAUUCCACAUACUAAAAAAUUAAGAUAAAUAUUUCUUUAUGUACUGCAAUUUCAGUAGUGCCCACACAGCACCUAUUCACAACAACAGUCCAUGUUAAAGUGGUCUUGGUUAAGUAUUAACUGUAAGAUUGCAUGUAAGUUUCCAAUUUGAUUGGAAAGUGGCUUCAAUAUCAUAUAUUGUUGUGACAUGACAGACCACCCAUUAAGUAAGGUGGAUCCAGGGGUUCUGAACACAUGAAGAUUCACAAUGACAGUAGUGAAAAGUGCUGGAGGCUUCCUUGCAGAUAUCUUAAAACUAGACAAUUUUAAAGUUAAAAAUCUUAAACUUAAAAGCUGCCACUACCUGGUCCAGACAGAAGACUGAAACCUAAUGGUCUCACCAGUUCC